ACAUAUUUAAGGACUGGCAUAUAGCGAAAUUACUACAUAUUGUGUUUAUAUAUUUUGUUUUAACUAACAUUGCAGCAGCAAAAUGAAUCAGCAAAACAAUGGUGGUGAUUCUGGCAGGAAUUCGAUGCAGCAAUCGGGGGAAUCUGACCAUGUAUCCAUGUACUCGCGCAAUCCAAUAACUGGCAUGGGACUAAAUGGAGAUGGUGUCGGUGGUUUGAAGCCAAAGACACCCAAGUGCAGAGUGGGAAAUCCCGUUACAGGAGAAGGCUACAGACCAGGUCACACAGACCUGGAAGAUUUGCGCAAGACUCAUCGUCGGCAAGGCACAUUUUCCGAUGGUCGCCCUUAAUUCAGUUGCCGAUUCAACAAAAGCUCCCCCCAUACUUACAUACAUAUAUAUACAUAUACUCUCCCUCUUUGUUUCUUCGUGGACUAGUCGAACAUACCCAACACAUGCCUCUGGUUCAAAUUCAAAGUUCCUAAUUCAAGUUUGCAUUUCUUUCCGUUUUAAAUACAAACACAUGUCUUGACGUUAGACUCUGGCA